AUGUGUGAAUCUGGCUUGUUUCUCCCCUUCUUUUCUCUCUCUCUGCAGGUGUUUGGUCAGACACCUCUUUUCAUGGGCAGAACCCGUCAAUGGUAUCUGUGGCCAGAGCUACCAUGCAGCCAGGUAUCAAAGUGCAAAGGCUUAUUGAAUUGGAUGGAGAAGCAUCGGCUGCCUUACUUCUGCAAAACCAAUUUGUUUCUCCACUAUGUACUCUGUGAGGAACUCGUCAGUUUUACUCGCUCUCCAGAGGCAGCGGAGAUGUUGCGAUGGAAGAAGGCUGAUCAGUGGCUGCUUGAGAAAUGCAUUGCCGGCAGCAGAGGCAUGUGGCGGUUUCGAUCCUUCAUGCAAGGAAUGGCAGGAGAAGAGCUCACCAAGUUCUGGCUUGCUGCAGAAAGGAUACUUGGGAUUGAUGAAACAGAUGAAUCCCAGCAGGAUCUCUAUGUGUCACUGAUCCAGAUCCUGAUGGCCACCCACUUGCAGGAGGGGUCUACAGUUGUCACCCUCUGUAACACAACCAUUAAAUCGCUUCUGAAAAUGACUCCCCUUCACCAGCAACACAUCCACACUCGGAGGGAAAUCCUAAGUGAGAUGCAGAAAGUGGCCCUGUUCAAGAUUGAAAGCUACUGGCUCCCCAACUUCUUCAUUCAUUGCAAAUUAAGCAUGGAGAACGAGCCCACAUGCCUCCAUCUGCUCCAGCAGUAUCAGGACCGGUUAUUUCAGGCUGGUCUGCAGAAGCAGAGGUUGUCAGCUGUGCCUCCGAUGAGCAUCCGAGAAAGCAGCUUGGACACAGACUCUUAUUCCAGCUUGAAAAGCAAAAAGGAAGUCUGGGAUCAGAUCAGAGGUAGGAGCCUUUCUCACAAAGGGAAAAAAAAAGAUGGCCGCUGCCAGAAGCCCAGAUCACAUAAAGGCAGUCCGGUGAACAAGAAGCUGGCCUCCUCCAGAAAGAGGUUCUCAAGUCCCAGCCCUCCUCGCACAGAACACAGCUGGGACUUGGAGGGUGUGAUGGCUUCGAAUGAAUCGCCAAGCUUCAAAAGCAGCCCAAGCGAGUUCCUCUCUUCCCCUGUAUCGGAUGAGUAUCCUGACAAGUGCACCUUCAACAAAUUGCGCUCUUCCACUCCUGUGGUGCAGUUCCCUUCCAUGCUUGCUCUGAAAACCCUUGUCAAGUCUCCCCUGUGCCUAGACUUCCUUCCUUGGGUGCUCAAUGCCGACAAAUGUGCGGGACGCCCCUUCAGGGAGUUUUUGCUGCGGCGGAACUAUGCAGUAGAAGUCCAUCUCCUUGAUCUAUGGCAUGACCUGGAGGACUUCUUGCGCAUGAUGUUGUGCUCCCUUGGUGAAGGGAACAUCCUUCUGCGCCACAUGAUGGGGGAAAGGAUUUGUGAGCUGUAUCUGAUGCAGAGCAGCAAUUGGCACCUGCCCCUGAAACUAACAACUCUCCGGAGUUUGCAGAAUCUCCUGCCUUCUGGUCAUGUGAUUCCCUGGGUCCUGAAAGCACAGAAGGAAAUCUGUAAGAUACUCAGCUUCCUCUAUGAGGAGUUCCUUCAGAAUGAUGACAAAAUGUUCCUGUAUUAUGUGAGUGGCAAAGAGAAGAAACCAAAUGCAGAAGAGCCGUAUGAAAAGACUGAGAACCUGCGGCUGAUCAGAAGGAUCAUUGAAUCCUUGCAUCUGAGCCAGGCCUUAGCUGGCAUGAGAGACUUUGAGCUGCUUACACGAGAGCACUGGCGAAUGCUGGGCAUUCAGGACCUGGCCAUGGGGGGCUCUGUUUUCAUGGAAUUGGAGCCUAUGGUGCAACCGAGGGAUUAUGGCAGCAUGGCAUUUGAGGAACUGACUCAGCUGAACCCCAAGAUGGCUGUGGAACUUCUUAGUAAGAACUUCAGGGAGUUCUGCAAGAGAUGUCCAUCAGACAAAGUGUUUGUUCAGCCAGCAGUUCCCAAAAGGCUUCUCCAAUGGUCCCGAUCCAGUUACUCCUUCAUGAGGAAGGGGCCACUCAGGAAACCUCUUUCAAAGCCCAGAACUCUCUCAGAAGUGCUGCAGAACUCACUCCAUUUUGACUACUUCAGGCACUUCCUCCGGAUGCACAAUGCAGAAGCCCCACUCCUUUUCUGCCUGGCUGUGGAAGAUAUCAAAAAUGAGAAGGAUGUCAGGAUUCAGAAUUUGCAGAUCAACGAAUGUGUCCAGACUUACUUCCACAGCCCUAUUCCACCUGAAAAACUGCUGCAGUGCAAUGAAUAUAUCAUCCAAGAGAUUCCAAAGUUACCAUCAGUCCCUGUUCCCAUGCUAGUCACCGCACAAAUAUUAGUCAUGAGGAACUUAGAAGAGAAGUGGUUUAAUAUGUAUCAAAACCUAUAUCCUGAAAGUGAUAUUUCUGUUAUUCCACCUGGCUGGAGGACAAAGAGGGAUUCUCAGAUGGCAAGCAGGCAGAAAAGGUGCUGGUGUGCUCUUUUCUCCUUCAUCAGGAGGGUCUGCAAGUUCCGAAAGGCAAUGAGUUAUGUGAGAGAGCGCAAACACUUUGAGAACUUUCUCCAGAAGGAGGUGAAGAACGACAAGGAAAAUCUGCAAAGCCCAACUGGUACUCAAACAAGGCAUGGAAGUAUUUCUGGAGUUAGUGGGCGUUAUGGCUCAGUUUAUGGACCAUCAGAUGACACUGAAGUGCAACAGGUAAAGCGCAGGAUACCUGGUGGCCGCAUCAUCUCAGUCAACUUCUUGGUGAAUGAUCUCUACUUUUAUCUAGAAAUGGAGAGGUUUUUUCAUCUGUCUGAUACUGUGGUCAUGCUGGCUUCUCUUGGGUUCUAUACAGAGCGGGAUAUUGCCUUCCUGAAGAGCAAAGUGGCCACCAUCAACAAACUAUUUCUGAAUUCAGAUAUCCCACCUAAACUGAGGGUCAAUCUCACAGAUGCACAGUAUAUUCAAAUUCGGAAUUUAAUUUCUGAAGGUGUGCUGAACAGGACUCUUUAUCAUGGUGCUAUAAUCUCCAUCUUCCCACUUUUAUUAUACUUCUGGAAGAAAUAUUGUUUUUGGAAAGUAAUGACGUGUUUCAGAAAACAUAAAGAAAAAUGUGAUUUUUCUCCUCCUCCACCAACAUCACCUCCAAAGCUAGCUAGGAAGUACAAUGGUUACAGUGGAGAAGAUCAUCCAAUCAUCAGGUUUACUUUGCUCAGAGGAAUCCAGCUAUUGCUGCCUCAGCCAAAGGAGGAACUAGAGGAAAGCCCUGGAGAAAAAUCUUCAUUAGGAAGUGCAACCCAUGUGAAAUCAUCAUCUGGUGUCUCUCUCUUGCCAAAAAGGUAA